GCGGGCCUGCAGCCGCCGGCCGGCCUGAGAGCCCCUCGCAGCGGCACGGCCUUCGUCCCCCGCCCGCCGCCAUGGACGUGUACCCCCCGCGCCGGCUGGGGAUGCCUCGCAUGCGGCCGCCUGGCGGCUCCAGCCGCGGGUCGCCCUUCGUCAGCUGCAGCCGACUCCGCUGGGUCCAGAGCAUAUUGACCCAGAGCAGCAAGUCUCGGCCGGACGGGAUCCUGUGCAUCCUAGGAAUCGAUAGCAGGUACAAUGAAGGCUGCAGAGAGCUGGCAAAUUAUCUUCUGUUUGGUUUGUACAAUCAGAAUAGCAAUGAUUUUGAGAAAACAGGGUUUUCGGAAGAAGUUUUAGACGAUAUAAUUAUAUUGAUUAAAUCAGAUAGUGUCCAUCUGUACUGUAAUCCUGUAAACUAUCGCUAUCUCUUACCCUAUGUGGCACAUUGGAGAAAUCUGCAUUUCCACUGCAUGACUGAAAAUGAGUAUGAAGAUGAGGAAGCGGCAGAAGAAUUUAAAAUCGCCAGCUUUGUGGACAUGGUUCGAGACUGUAGUAGAAUUGGCAUUCCUUACAGCUCCCAAGGUCACCUGCAGAUAUUUGAUAUGUUUGUGGUGGAAAAAUGGCCGAUUGUACAGGCCUUUGCACUUGAGGGCAUUGGAGGGGAUGGAUUUUUUACCAUGAAAUACAAGUUGCAGGAUGUGAGUUUGAAUCUAUGGAAUGUCUACAGCAAGAUGGAUCCCCUGUCUCUGGAGAAUUUGCUUUCAGAAGAUUUAGUGACUUUUGAACACCAGUGGACUAGCUUCUUUGCUAAUUUCGACACAGAAAUUCCUUUCCUCUUGGAACUUUCUGAAUCUCAAGCGGGUGAGCCAUUCAGAAGUUAUUUCAGUCAUGGAAUGAUCUCCAGCCAUAUAACUGAAAACAGCCCUAAUAGGCAGCCAUUUGUUCUCUUUGGUAAUCACUCCACACGAGAAAACCUGAAUGCUGGCAACUUUAACUUCCCUUCAGAAGGGCACCUGGUACGCAGCACUGGCCCUGGUGGGAGCUUUGCCAAACACAUGGUGGCACAGUGCGUCUCCCCAAAGGGACCCCUUGCUUGCUCUAGAACAUACUUUUUUGGAGCUACUCACAUUCCUUACUUGGGUGAUGACAAUAAGCUGCCCAAGAAAACUGAACAAAUGCUCUUAUCCCAGGUAUACGCCGCAGUUGUUGAGGCAGUUCUGGCUGGCAUUGCAUGUUAUGCUAAAAGCUCCAGUCUAACAAAGGCCAAGGAGGUAGCAGAGCAAACCCUGGGAUCUGGGUUAGAUUCUUAUGAGCUGAUGCAAUUUAAGGCAGCCCUACGCUCCAAGAUGGCUUUUCAUAUACACGCUGUGACUAAUCAGGGAAGAAUUGUACCUCUGGACAGUGAAGAUAGCUUAUACUUUGUGAAGACGGCUUGUAUGACCAUUUAUGACAUUCCCGACUUGCUAGGAGGAACGGGGUGCUUAGGAUCUGUGGUCUUCUCAGAAUCAUUUUUGACAUCUCAGAUCUUGGUUAAAGAAAAGGAUGGCACUCUUACCACAGAAACCAGCUCCAUAGUCCUGACAGCGGCCGUACCCCGAUUCUGCUCCUGGCUGGUAGAAGACGAUGAAGUAAAAUUGUCUGAGAAAACCCAGCAAGCAGUAAGGGAAGAUGAGUGUUUCCUGGGCACUUUUCUAACAGGAGGAGAGGGAGCAUAUCUUUAUCCCAGCAAUCCACAGCCCUGGCCUGAGGAAGGGAAAGUGCAUUUCUUCUCUGGUGGCCUUCUGUUUUUUCACCGUCAUCAUGGAAGUAUCAUCAUUUCCAAGAAUCACAUGAAUUCCAUUUCAUUCUAUGAUGGGGACUCCACCAGUGUUGUUGCUGCCCUUCUGAUAGACUUCAGAAGCUCAUUGCUGCCUCAUCUUCCAGUUCAUUUCCGUGGAUCAAGCAAUUUUCUAAUGAUUGCCCUUUUCCCCAGAUCAAAGAUAUACCAAACAUUUUACUCAGAGGUCUUCUCCCCCUGGCAACAGCAGGCUAACUCAGGGCUCUCUUUAAAAGUGAUCCAGGAAGAUGGAUUAUCUGUGGAACAAAGGAGAUUACACUCCAAUGCACAGAAGCUCUUCAGUGCCCUGAGACAUCCUGCUGGAGAGAAACGGAGCCCUCUUAAGCUGCUCUCAGCCAAACUCCCAGAGCUGGACUGGUUUCUCCAGCAUUUCGCAGUCAGCAGCAUUAGCCGGGAGCCUGUGAUGCGGACCCAUCUUCCUUUCCUGCUGCAGCAAGCUGAUAUCAACCCUCCUCACAGAGUAGAAAACGACAAGGUAAUUAUCAGCAUUGUAACCGGCCUCCCAGGCUGUCAUGCUAGCGAACUCUGUGCUUUUCUGGUCACGCUGCAUAAGGAAUAUGGCAGGUGGAUGGUGUACCGCCAACUCAUGGACAGCUCCGAGUGUUUUCAUGCUGCCCACUUCCAGAGAUACCUUUCCAGUGCCCUGGAGGCCCAGCAGAACCGCUCUGCCCGCCAGUCAGCCUACACCCGCAAGAAGACCAGACUGCUGGUGGUGUUACAAGGCUAUACAGAUGUUAUCGAUGUUGUCCAGGCCCUGCAGACCCAUCCAGACUCAAACGUCAAGUCUUCCUUCACCAUUGGUGCCAUCACAGUGUGCGUGGAACCUCUGAGUUGCUACAUGGAGCAUAGAUUUCUCUUUCCUAAAUGUCUUGACCAGUGUUCACAAGGCUUGGUGAGUAACGUGGUGUUCACCAGUCACACCGCGGAGCAGAGGCACCCUCUCCUUGAGCAGCUGCAGAGCCUCAUCAGGGCUGCCAAUCCUACUGCAGCCUUCAUCUUUGCAGAAAAUGGAAUCAUCACCAGGAAUGAAGACAUUGAGCUGAUUCUCUCAGAAAGUAGUUUUUCAAGUCCUCAGAUGCUGCGAGCUCGAUAUUUAAUGUACCCUGGCUGGUAUGAAGGUAAAUUUGAUUCUGGAUCAGUCUUUCCACUAAUGGUUCAGAUCUGCGUAUGGUUUGGUCGGCCCUUGGAGAAGACUCGCUUUGUGGCCAAAUGCAAAGCAAUUCAGUCCUCUAUCAAGCCAAGUCCCUUCUCUGGAAACAUCUACCACAUCCUGGGCAAAGUGAAGUUUUCAGACUCUGAGAGGACCAUGGAGGUCUGCCACAACACUCUAGCCAAUUCCUUAAGCAUCGUGCCAGUGCUGGAGGGACCCACUCCACCGCCUGACUCCAGAAGCACAUCUCAAGACAGCAGUGGGCAGCAGGAGUGCUAUCUUGUGUUCAUUGGCUGCUCCCUGAAGGAAGAAAGUGUCAAGGACUGGCUGCGGCAGUCAGCUAAGCAGAAACCGCAGAGGAAAGCUCUGAAGACUAGAGGGAUGCUGACCCAGCAGGAGAUCAGGAACAUCCACGUGAAACGCCACCUGGACCCCCUCCCUGCAGGCUACUUUUAUAACGGAACUCAGUUUGUCAACUUCUUUGGUGACAAGACCGAUUUCCACCCACUCAUGGACCAGUUCAUGAAUGACUACGUGGAAGAAGCCAACCGGGAAAUUGAAAAGUAUAACCGUGAGCUGGAGCAGCAGGAGUAUCAUGACCUCUUUGAGCAGAAGCCCUAGAGGAAGGCUAGGCCUAUACGUCCUGCAGAAUGUCUGUCCUGGAGACUGAUGAAAUGGGGCAUCUUAACCUCAGCUCUCCUGGAGAGGCUGCCUUUGUUCUUGUCGGCCUGUGUGUGCUGGCUUGAGUGCAUGUUGUGUGUAUUCUCUAUACAGUGCUGAAGGGCAUCACUUGGACCACUGAGGGUGGGGGGAGGGGUCCUCAUGGAGGGCAAGCAGACAGGGACUGCCCUGUGUAUGGAGCUGGUAGUCCAGGAUCUCUGGGUGUCUGGUAACAGUAUCUCCUCUGAGCUGCUGAGGGACUGUGUGAGGGUGGGAAGAAGCAUUUGGACUCCACAGAGGAUCUGCCACGACUCAGAAGGGACCCUGGCUGUGCCUGGAGGACUGAGCCACCACAGACCUCAGGUCUCAGACACUGUCCCAGGAGGGCCCUCAUCCCCAGUGGAGUGCCUGCCUCCUCUGCUUAGGCCCCUUCCAUUGAAGGAGCUGGCCAUGGGCCCAGGCCUGAGGUGAGUAGGACAAGCCCUGCCCAGCCCAGCCCACAGAACCAGCAACUUGAAUGAGAGAUCAACAGCUUGUUCUAAAAUGAGGGAAUUUCGCUUAUGGACUAAACCAAGGGGAAAGGCACAGAGCUUUCCAGAAGUGUGCUGCAGCAUUGACAUACUAAGUCCCAGUUGUGAUUGGUUCUUGAGCGCCCCUGGUGGCAUCACUCUGGUUUCCCCAACUCAAAGCAGCCCAGUUGCUCAAGCCUCCCUGCGAUGCUCUGCCUCACUGUGGAGGGAGAGCAUCCUGGCGAGUCUUAGGCCCAGGAGUCUGAUUCCUUAUGGGGUGUCCUUGAAAGGGUUUCAGUGUCCUGUAUCCAGCCCUUCCAUCGGCCUUGUCAGGCAAGGCCUGGUUUCCAGACACAAACUUCAGGAAAUUCAUGCCCCCAAGCAUUGUUGCUGGCCCUUGACUGGUUUGGCUCCUAAGGACCAGGAAUUUGAAAUUCAAGUAGAAGAUAGAAUUCCUCCCAGCGGCUUAGUUUUCCACUGACCAUAAUGCAGAAGGGAAUGACAGGCGUGACCUCCAGAAUUAGUGCAGGUGAGGAAGGUCACAGGCACUGACGCCUAGGUAGUAUCUUUGAGGACUUCAGCACCUCAGCUGCCCAGAUUGUAAAUGUUUUCUGAAUUUCACGUAAUUUUUUGCAUGCCUUAGGAAGAAGCACAUAGAUGAAACCAGCAAAGUUUCCAGUAAUGCAGAGGGGUUUUGAGAAAGACCCCUUGUGCAGAGGAGAAACAGGCAGGAGCACACGCAGCAAGUAGCAAAGCCAUCAUCAAGGGCUCAUCAGUAAAAUGAAGUAGAAAGGAACAAUUUGUAUUUGAGGCCAAGUGAACAAAACUCCAGAUUCCAUUGAAUAAGAAAUCUUGCAUCAAAAAGGGCUUCAGAAAAGGCCUCUGUGCUCUAGCCUAGCUCCAAAAGCCACUAGCCACAAGGACCCAGCUGUGGAGCCGAAGUCUGAGAGCCCCUCACUUCCGGCUGGCCGGAUGGGGUGGGGGGUUCCACAGCAGGCCUGCCUCUGUUUGAGAAUCAAUAGCUUGUAUGUAGAUUUUAAGUGCAAUUGAUUAAAUAAGCAAUGAGUUACUGUAGCUUCCUUUAGCUCUACCGAGCUCUUUUUAAAAACUCAAACUUGAGCAGCCUUAGAAAA